AUGAACCGAUUAUCGUACCGUGGAUCUAUUCACCAUAACAGUUACUAUAAAUCUAUUGGUCUAAUAAAUCCAUCACAGUCGGCCACUAAACUUCGUGGUGCAAAGCAAUUUCGAUUGGAACCAUUUUAUGACUUACAAUAUGAUUCAUCUACUCCAUCGAUUAGCCCGGUGAUUGUUGAAAAUCCACAAGAAGAAACUCGGUGGUACUGGAAAUAUUUUCUUGGCAACGAACAUCAGAAUUUUGCUGGCAUCGAACCCUCAACUAAAUUGCCAUUUUUUAUUUCAAUAAUGUUGGAGGAUACAGUAUGUCGAGCAAUUUUGUGGACCUCUCAAGGUCCAAGGCGCCUUUGCUUCCCAGCUUCUAUCGGUUCGAAUAAAAUUUUGACAGCUAAAACCAUUCUUCAACAAUUUCCUGGAUUAGAAGAUUACAGUCGAUCACUGAAAGAGAUUGCUGAUAUAAAAAUUCAACGAGAACUUGUAAUUCUUGAAGAUCAGGAGGGAGGGGUAAACUGUAAAUUUGGUGUCAUCUAUGCAUUGAAUUUUCAGACGUCCGAUACUCAAAUGUUGAGCAAUGAACAUGGAGAUGAAGAUUUCGAACAAUUUCUAAAAAUAUUAGGCCAACGAAUUGAACUUCAGGACUGGGGAAGUUAUAGAGGAGGACUGGAUGUUACAACCAACAGCACUGGGAGAGAAUCUAUUUAUACUGUUUUUGCUGGCCACGAAAUUAUGUUUCACGUAUCAACAAUGUUACCUUAUAGUAACGAAAAUUUUCAGCAGAUUGAACGAAAGCGACAUGUCGGUAACGAUAUUGUAAAUAUUGUCUUCGAAGCAGGUGGCGACCCAAAAAUAAUUAAUUUUUUGCCAACAAUGAUGAAAUCACAUUUUACACACGUAUUCGCUGUAGUGAAAUACGAUAAGGAAAGCGACUGCUACCGGCUUUGGGUAUUUUCUGAGGAAAGCGUUCCAGUAUUCGGCCCGACCUUAUCUUAUCCAAAUACGUUCCAUGACCUUCAAUUAUUUCGUGAAUUUCUAUUAACCAAAUUGAUAAACGCGGAAAAAGCUUCCCUACAAGCGAAUGCCUUUGUCGAGAAGCGAAGAAAAACCUUAGACACACUCUUAAAGGAUAUGUACAUAGAGCAUUUAAAGGAAUCUACCAAAACAUUUCAUAAAGUAACGGAUAUUGUAAUUAAAAGAUUGUUGAGCCCAAUGAAAAAAGAAAUGAAAGAUAGAAUUGAUUUUUGCAAAUAUGGAGAAUUAAUCAAACUUGAAAAAAUGCUUUGUGGUGAUGUUUCGGACGCAGUUCAAGCACCAUGGGAGCCAGCCAUUAUUAGUGAAAACAUUCUUUCAUGGAAUGUUAUCGGUUCCGAUGGAUGGGGUGCGAAAUCAGUCGUAUUGGCAACUGAAGAUACUGGAGUUGUAUAUAUUUCCAAUGGUUUAUCCGUACCGAUAAUUGAAGCAACCGCACAAGUGAUGCAAAUUGCGAUACAAGAACAUUUCGGCCUAUUCCUUGCCAGAAUAGACAAAGGAAAGGAAUCAAGUUUAGCUGCAUUAACUCUUGUCGAUUUACGAAUAGCGAUCCAAGAUGGGAACCUAAUCCUAAAAAAAGAUUUCCUGGACCAUCGAAUCCCUUCUUCAAAAGGGUGCCAUUUAUUUGGAACUAGUGAUGGCCAUGGUUUGCGACUAAAUAUAGUGAUGUGUAUCUCAAAAAAUUUGACUCUCCUGCGAUGGGCAUUUGGACCACUUGGAAGGAUUCAAGUUGGAACUGAUAUAAAAAAUAACUUCACAUUACUGAAGUGUUUGCAUUUAACGGAAGAAGCAGUAGCGAUCUCAGUUUUUGAACGAAGUCGCGGAUGUGGAAGUGUUCGUGCAGUUGCUCUCACUCGAUCGAGCUUAGCGAUAGCCGAUUUCGGAAACGAAUCUAUAGAAUACUUGGAUUGGAAAAUUCCACGAUCACCGAUCACUGGUCUUUAUGGAGAAUGUACUGCAGGAUACGAUGAGAUAAUCUUAUCAUACCAAAAUAUGACUCUGAAGAUCGAUUAUUUUGAAGAUGGUACCUAUAAUCUAGAAGAAACGUUCUGGUCUUCAUCAUUGCAACAAUUUGUAUACCGUUUUCCUUUUGUCGUUGGAUUCGGUACUGAUUUGAUCGAAGUUCGUUUAUCGAUAAAUGGAAACUUGUUGUAUUCAAAAUAUAUGCCAUCAGUUAAAGUACUUUCUAUUAAGGCAGAUAUUAUAUUUGCGACAGAACAUACGGAAAAUUUUGGUGACCAGAAUUGUGUGUUGAAUAACCAACUUCAGGAAAAAAAAUUACAACAUUCGUCAUUCAGGAAGAAAGAAAAAAAAGAUGCCAAGGAAAGGGAAGAAACAUUUACAAAUAAAAAGUGGAAAUUAUGUCGUAUAAGUGAAGCAGCGCUAAAGAUGGAAGACAAAGAGAGAAUUUCAAAUAAUUUCGACAUUCUCCAACCACAAACAUUCCGCAAUCUACGAAAUAAAUCAGAAAGAAGGCCGCCGACUUGUCGAGAAGAUGAAGCUUCACAGAAAUGGCCAAAUAAAGUUAUGGAACGAACAAAGAAUUAUGGAAAUCCCCUUUUUAAUGAUCACUCUAUGCCUAAUUCACCAUUCAUUAAAAUACUUAACCCCUUUUCUGACGAAAAUCCUGUUAAAUCACAAGUUGACCAGGAAAAGAAAAUGUAA